GUUGUUUUGUACCUAACCGUGUGGUACCGAAGCUUUAUAUAUUUUUUUUGCAUAAUUUUACAUUUAUAUUCAGAACACAAAAAUGAAAUUAUAGAGACCAUCAAAUAUUUUGAGUAUAUAAAAAUGGCUAUUCGAGUAUUCGAUUAGCAAAUUAAAACAGCAGUUUAUGUUAUCCCUAUUAUGCUGUUUAAGGAAUGAAAAAGAGAGACUGCUGUCAAAUUUCCUAAUAGCAAAUUCAAAUAGCCCUGUCAUGUAUGGUGCCUGUAAGAUUUUUCAACUUACCAUACUUACCAUAUUCAUACUAUGUUAACUAGUUAAUAUUACACAUUCUGAAAUAUGAACAAGUUGAAUUAUGCUAGAAAAAAAUAUUUCGGUCUAUAAAACCACAAGUUAUUUGCUAAAUUAUAUAAACUUAAUUGAUGAUUUAUCUGUAGUGUUAAAGACUUGAAUAUCUGUUUCGAUCUUUAAUCUAUGACUUUUUCAAUUCAAAAAGGUGGGUGAAGCCGUGAUGCUUUCGCGACGAUCUUUCGCCUCGCCUUGGAAGCCGUGUUCGUACUCAGAGUCACGGAUUUAGCGCUAUACAUCUAUGAUUUGUGAACUUGUGACUAUUCAUAAUAUAUUUGCGUGUGAAGGACUAAAAAAAUACGAGAGAUUGUGUUUGUGUCGUGAAACGUGAAAUUUGGUUGGGGACCAACGAUCGCUCAUCAUAGUUCCCGCAAACGAGUGUAAUUUGUGUGCCGACGAAUUUAUAUGUGUAACCAAACCGGAAUAGAAGUAAGGAAGACAGCGAGCGCAGUAUAAGAUCUUGAACGUGGCGUGGUGAGCAUCGGGUCGCGAUGACGACCGACAUCUCGGUGUCCCGGUGGGACCCCUCCAUCGGCCACGGCCAGGAAAUCAUCGAGGAGUUUGAGUACGACGGCGGCAACUCCUCGUCGAGGCUUUUCGAACGAUCGCGCAUUAAAGCGCUAGCAGACGAACGAGAGAGUGUGCAGAAGAAGACGUUUCAGAAAUGGGUGAACUCGCACUUGGUCCGCGUGGGGUGCCGCAUCGGCGACCUCUACGUCGAUAUGAGGGACGGCAAGAUGCUUAUCAAACUGCUGGAAGUGCUCUCCGGCGAAAGACUGCCACGACCAACGAAGGGCAAGAUGCGUAUCCACUGCUUAGAGAACGUGGACAAAGCGCUCCAGUUCUUGCGCGAGCAGCGUGUGCACCUGGAGAACAUGGGAUCGCACGACAUCGUGGACGGCAACCCCAGGCUCAACCUCGGCCUCAUCUGGACCAUCAUCUUGCGGUUCCAGAUUCAAGAUAUCACGAUCGAAGAAACGGACAACAAAGAAACGAAGUCCGCCAAAGACGCCCUGCUAUUAUGGUGUCAAAUGAAGACGGCCGGCUACAACAAUGUGAACGUUCGCAACUUCACGACCUCGUGGCGCGACGGGUUGGCUUUCAACGCGAUCAUACACAAACACCGGCCUGACCUGAUACAGUUUGAGAGACUGCAUAGGAGCAAUCCGAUACAUAAUCUGAACAACGCCUUCAAUGUGGCUGAAGAUAAACUUGGACUCACCAAGUUGCUGGACGCUGAAGAUAUCGCUGUGGACCAUCCCGACGAGAAGUCUAUCAUCACAUAUGUGGUGACCUACUACCAUUACUUCAGCAAGAUGAAGCAGGAGACGGUGCAAGGCAAGAGAAUCGGCAAAGUGGUCGGCAUUGCCAUGGAAAACGACAAGAUGAUGCAGGAGUACGAGUCGCUCACCAGUGAUCUCCUGCAAUGGAUCGAGAGUACUAUCGAAGCUCUCGGCGACAGGACAUUCGCCAACUCGUUGGAGGGCGUGCGCCAACAGCUGAUACAAUUCGCCAACUACCGUACUGUUGAGAAACCGCCCAAGUUUGUAGAGAAAGGCAACUUGGAAGUGUUGCUUUUCACCCUCCAAUCACGCAUGCGCGCCGCUAAUCAAAAGCCGUAUACGCCUAAAGAGGGUCGUAUGAUUCACGAUAUCAAUCGCGCCUGGGAACGGCUGGAAAAGGCGGAGCACGAGCGAGAAUUGGCGCUGAGAGAAGAACUCAUACGACAAGAGAAGCUGGAACAACUGGCGGCCAGAUUCAACCGUAAAGCCCAAAUGCGUGAGACCUGGCUCUCUGAGAACCAGCGUCUGGUCAGCCAGGAUAACUUCGGCUUCGACCUGGCUGCAGUGGAAGCAGCUGCUAAGAAGCACGAGGCAAUAGAAACCGAUAUAUUCGCUUAUGAAGAACGAGUACAGGCUGUGGUUGGAGUUUGCUCUGAACUACAGGCAGAGAGAUACCAUGACAUGGAACGCGUUUGCGCCCGUCGCGACAACGUACUGCGACUGUGGGCGUAUCUAUUGGAGCUGCUCAGAGCUCGGCGCGCCAGACUUGAACUAUCGCUUCAAUUGCAACAAAACUUCCAGGAAAUGCUAUACAUACUGGAUUCCAUGGAGGAGAUCAAGAUGCGCUUACUGACAGACGACUAUGGCAAACAUUUGAUGGGUGUGGAAGAUUUGCUUCAGAAACAUGCGCUUGUUGAGGCUGAUAUCAACGUACUUGGGGAACGCGUCAAGGUGGUAGUCGGUCAAUCCCAACGAUUCUUGGAACAAGAAGAGGGCGGGUAUCGACCCUGCGACCCCGCCAUCACGGUGGAGCGUAUCCAGCAGCUGGAGAACGCGUACGCUGAACUGGUGCAUCUGGCCGUAGAGCGCAGGAAGCGCUUGGAAGACAGCCGCAAGCUAUGGCAGUUCUACUGGGACAUGGCUGAUGAGGAGAACUGGAUCAAGGAGAAGGAGCAGAUUGUGUCCGUGGACGAUAUUGGACACGACCUUACCACUGUGUACCUCCUGAUCUCGAAGCACAAAGCGCUCGAAGCGGACGUUUUGGCUCACGAGCCUCAACUGAUGUCUGUAGCGGCUGUGGGUGACGAACUAAUCUCACAGGGACACUUCGGUGCUGACAGGAUCCAGGACCGUCUCCGCGACAUCCUGUCUCAAUGGAACCACUUGUUGGACGUGGUGUCUCUCCGCAAGAACCGACUCGACGCCGCCGUUCGAUACCACCAAUUGUUCGCCGACGCCGACGACAUCGACAACUGGAUGUUGGACACUCUCAGAUUGGUGUCAUCCGAAGACACGGGCGUUGACGAGGCUCAAGUGCAGAGCCUGCUCAAGAAGCACAAAGAUGUCACUGACGAGCUCAAGAACUAUGCCAACGUCAUACAGCAACUCAAACAACAGGCGAGCGAGCUCAGUCCCGAGGACGCGAACAGCCCCGAAGUUCGCGACCGUCUCGCCGCCAUCGACGCACGUCACGGCGAACUAGCCGAACUAGCGAGACUGCGUAAACAACGUCUAUUGGACGCAUUGUCUCUGUUCAAACUGCUUGCCGAAGCGGACGCAGCCGACCAAUGGAUAGCCGAGAAGGAUAGGAUGCUGGAUACCAUGCUCCCGCCCAAGGAUAUUGACGAUGUCGAGAUCAUGAAGCAUAGGUAUGACGGCUUCGACAAGGAGAUGAACGCGAAUGCCUCUAGAGUCGCGGUUGUGAACCAACUCGCGCGGCAAUUGAUACACGUGGAGCAUCCUCAAGCCCCCGCUAUACAAGAAAGGCAGGCCCGACUCAACGCAGCCUGGGGCGCGCUGAGGGAAAAGGCGGAGUCAAAGAAGGACGAACUGAAAUCAGCUCAGGGCGUACAGACGUUCCACAUCGAGUGCCGCGAGACCGUAUCCUGGAUCGAGGACAAGAAACGUAUCCUGCAGCAGACGGACAACUUGGAGAUGGAUCUCAACGGUGUGAUGACUCUCCAACGUCGCUUGUCUGGCAUGGAGCGCGAUUUAGCCGCUAUACAGGCUCGAAUUUCGUCUUUGGAAAGCGAAGCGAGUGCGAUAGAAGGCGAACACCCGGAGGAAGCCCAGCUUAUCCGCGACCGCAUCGUCGCCAUCACGGAUAACUGGGAACAACUCACGCAUAUGCUCAAAGAGCGCGAUGCGAAGUUGGAGGAAGCGGGCGAUCUGCACCGAUUCUUGCGUUCCGUUGACCAUUUCCAGGCGUGGCUCACCAAGACUCAAACCGAUGUCGCUUCCGAAGAUACGCCGUCAAGCUUGGCAGAAGCGGAGAAACUCCUCUCGCAGCACCAGACCAUCAAGGAGGAGAUAGACAACUACAGGGACGAGUACGCCAAGAUGAUGGAGUACGGGGAGAAGAUCACCGCGGAACCGUCCACCCAAGACGAUCCUCAGUACAUGUUCCUGCGCGAGCGCCUCAAGGCGCUGGGCGAAGGCUGGGCGGAGUUGCAGCAGAUGUGGGAAAACCGGCAGCAGCUGCUGACGCAGAGCCUGGAGCUGCAGCUGUUGCAGCGCGACGCGCGCCAGGCGGAGGUGCUGCUGGCGCACCAGGAGCUGAGAUUGGCGAAAACCGAGCCUCCCACGAACCUCGAGCAAGCAGAGAACCUCAUCAAGGAGCACGAGGCGUUCCUCACCACAAUGGAGGCCAACGACGACAAGAUCAACUCUGUCGUACAAUUCGCCAACCGGCUGGUCGAAGAAAGACACUUCGACGCAGACAAGGUGCAAAGAAAGGCGGACAGCAUCGAGCAAAGGCGUGCAGCGAACCGCGAACGCGCUCUCCAACAAAUGGAACGUCUGCAAGACCAAUUACAACUGCAUCAAUUCCUUCAAGACUGCGACGAGCUCGCCGAAUGGGUGCAAGAGAAGAACGUAACCGCCCAAGACGAUACUUACCGAUCUGCCAAGACAAUCCACUCGAAAUGGACUCGCCAUCAAGCUUUCGAAGCCGAAAUAGCCGCUAACAAAGAACGCCUGUUCGCCGUACAAAACGCAGCUGAAGAGCUGAUGAAACAGAAGCCCGAAUUCGUCGAAAUCAUCUCGCCUAAAAUGCACGAACUCCAAGACCAAUUCGAGAACCUCCAAACUACUACGAAAGACAAAGGAGAGAGAUUAUUCGACGCCAAUCGCGAAGUUUUGCUCCAUCAAACUUGUGAUGACAUUGACUCAUGGAUGAACGAGCUUGAGAAGCAAAUAGAGAACACCGACACUGGCACUGAUCUGGCAUCUGUCAACAUUCUCAUGCAGAAGCAACAGAUGAUCGAGACUCAAAUGGCCGUCAAAGCUAAGCAGGUCACCGAACUGGAAACUCAGGCGGAAUACCUGCAGAAGACCGUGCCCGACAAGAUGGAGGAGAUCAAGGAAAAGAAGAAGUCAGUCGAGCAGAGGUUCGAGCAGUUGAAAGCUCCUUUAUUGGAUCGGCAAAGACACUUGGCUAAAAAGAAGGAAGCCUUCCAGUUCCGACGAGAUAUCGAGGACGAGAAACUAUGGAUCCACGAAAAAAUGCCUUUGGCUACAAGCACGGACUAUGGAAACUCCCUAUUCAAUGUUCAAAUGUUGCAAAAGAAGAACCAGUCGUUGAAAACUGAGACUGAUAACCAUGAGCCGCGUAUCCUUACAGUUAUAUCUAACGGACAGAAGCUGAUCGAUGAAGGCCACGAGGCCACACCUGAAUUCAAACAGCUUAUUGAAGAACUAACCGCGAGAUGGCGAGAACUUAAAGAUGCCAUCGAACAACGUAAAAACAAUCUGUCCCAAUGGGAGAAGGCUCAUCAGUACCUAUUCGACGCGAACGAAGCCGAAGCGUGGAUGAGCGAACAGGAACUAUACAUGAUGGUGGAAGACCGGGGCAAGGACGAGAUUUCCGCACAGAAUUUGAUGAAGAAACAUGAGAUUCUAGAACAGGCGGUCGAUGAUUACGCGCAAACUAUCAGGCAACUGGGAGAAACUGUCAGGCAACUCACUAGUGAAGAACAUCCUUUGAGCGAACAAAUCUCAGUGAAGCAGUCUCAAGUAGACAAACUUUACGCCGGUCUCAAAGACUUGGCCGGCGAGAGGCGCGCUAAGCUCGACGAAGCCUUACGACUAUUCCAACUGUCCCGAGAGGUCGAUGACCUCGAACAAUGGAUCACGGAGCGGGAACUGGUAGCCAGCUCGCAGGAACUCGGCCAGGAUUACGAUCAUGUAACUCUCCUCUGGGAGAGAUUCAAGGAAUUCGCUCGCGAGACCCAAGCCGUGGGUUCAGAACGAGUCGCCACGGCAGAACGUAUCGCCGACCAGAUGAUCGCUAACGGCCAUUCCGAUAACGCUACCAUCGCGCAGUGGAAGGAGGGUCUGAAGGAGACCUGGCAAGACCUGCUGGAACUUAUCGAGACCAGGACGCAGAUGUUAGCCGCAUCCCGCGAGUUACACAAAUACUUCCAUGACUGCAAGGAUACUCUGCAACGCGUGAACGAGAAAGCGCGCGGUGUCAGUGAUGAAUUAGGCCGCGACGCCAUCAGUGUCGGUGCUCUACAGCGCAAACACCACAACUUCAUGCAGGAUUUGAGCACGUUGCAACAACAGGUGGAAGCCAUCACAGCCGAAUGCAGCCGGUUAGGCGCCUCGUACGCGGGCGACAAAGCCGCAGAGAUCACUCGACGCGCCGGCGAGGUAGCCGACGCGUGGGCAGCCUUACAAGCUGCGUGUAGAGCGCGACGAUCUAAAUUAGAAGAUGCUGACGAUCUGUACCGAUUCCUGAACCAAGUGCGGACUCUCACGCUGUGGAUGGACGACGUCGUGCGACAGAUGAAUACCGGCGAGAAACCUAGAGACGUCAGCGGCGUCGAAUUGCUAAUGAACAACCACCAAUCGCUCAAAGCCGAGAUCGACACACGCGAGGACAACUUCACCGCGUGCAUUUCCCUCGGCAAGGAGUUAUUGGCUCGCCAACAUUAUGCUACUCCCGACAUUAAAGACAAAUUGGUGCUACUAACCAACCAGAGAAACGCGUUACUGCGCCGCUGGGAAGAACGCUGGGAAAAUCUGCAGCUCAUCCUGGAAGUAUACCAGUUCGCGCGCGACGCCGCCGUGGCGGAAGCAUGGCUGAUCGCGCAGGAGCCGUACCUCAUGUCCCAGGAGUUGGGUCAUACCAUCGACGAGGUGGAGAGCCUUAUAAAGAAACACGAAGCUUUCGAAAAGUCCGCUGCCGCACAAGAGGAUAGGUUCAGCGCGCUGCAAAGACUGACGACGCUUGAACUUCGUGCAGCAACUCUGUGGCCCCCCACACGGCCAUGGGAUAAGUGUGACGAAAGCACCUUCACUUUCCAUCCUCCGCCCCAUAGACCUAAACCCAUUGUAAUACAAACUGUUAUGAAGACCCAAAAAUCCCCAAGGGAAGUCGUAAAGGAAAUAAUUUUGAGCAGCGACCACUACAAAUUGCCAGAAAAGUACAAACGCAGUAUCACAUUGGACUAUUCUGAAUGUAAAAAAAACGAGUCUGCCCUUUGGACGUUAGUUAAUAACAAUAGUUUGUCUACUAUAUCGGAGACAAGCAGCGUCCUUCAGUCCCCCGCAUCCGAAAUGAGUAGUCCUCCUCAAUCGCCUUUGUACUCGCCCAUGUCCCCCGAGAUAUACAGUCCAGUAUUCUUCGAAUACACAAAUAAGGUUGAGAGCUCCAACGAUUCAUUAGCGUGUAUAAAUUUUAUACUGUGGGAGAGACUAUCGUAUUAUAACGUGUUUCCUAACGUAUGCCUACUCACGCGUAAAAGUGAUAGUUCUUCUAGAUCUGGCAGUAUUAAAAGGAUCAUGAAUAAAUUGAAAAGGAGAAGUAAGUCUACUGAUAGUGACACUAAGAGUGAAGUUGCUGUGCUCUCCAUGCCAGCUUUGACGGGUAGCACGAAUACAAUAAACGAUUUAGGCAAAGAAGUGAAGACCAUUCCCUUGAACUCCUCCUUACUUUUGCUAUCCCAAACCCGAUCUCUCCUGGGGCAGAAUGGUGCAUGGUAUUUUAACUAUUUGGAUGGUUUCGAAGUGAAAGAGAUGAAACGUCGCCAAGAGGCAGCCGAGGCGGCGGAAAGGGAACGACUGGAGCGGGAAGCGGCAGAAGCUGCGGCCGCGGCUCAAGACGCCGUCGAUCGCGCCGCGGAGCCAGAGCCACAACCUCAGGAGGGUGCUAGCCCCGCCGGGGAGGACGAGGGUGUAGAGGGCACAUUGGUGCGCAAACACGAGUGGGAGUCCGCAGCUAAGCGAGCUUCCAAUAGAUCAUGGGACAAGGUGUACGUGGUGGCAAAGGAAGGACGCAUGGCCUUCUACAAGGACCAGAAGUCAUACAAAGCUACUCCGGACCAACACUGGCGCGGGGAGGCGCCGCUGGACCUCAACGGCGCCGUCGUUGAAGUCGCCGCCAACUAUACCAAGAAGAAACACGUGUUCCGGAUCAGGUUGAGCAGCGGCGCCGAGUUCCUGCUUCAAGCGCACGACGACACAGAAAUGCAGUGGUGGCUGGAAGGUCUCCGCGCCCGCACCGCAGCGCCCGCUGCCCGUUCCCAUACACUGCCUGCGCCGGCCAACGCCGAGCCCAAGCGCCGCUCCUUCUUCACGCUCAAGAAGAACUAAACACAGUUCGCUGGAGCGACCCCACCGGUGGACUCUGAUAUUUCUCACGACGCUUGCCGCUGUAAGCUUUGCUAAUGAAGAAAUCAAUGGCGGCACCCAUCGACUGUCGAACAUGAUUCAAAGUUAUUCGUUUACAUUUUGUUGCGUACAAAUACGUUAUUUAAGACUGUAUGGUUAAUGAGUGUUCGAUUCGCCUGUAUUUAUUGACCGGCCCGUUAACUGGGCAUGUAAUAGAUUUAUCUGCCGAGAAUGUAUGAUUCCCUCAUAAUCCGAAAAGAAUGUAUAAUUGUUGUAAUAUGAAUAAUAAAACGAUUAUUAUAAAUUAGAUGAAAAAAAUUACAUUUAAAAGAAGAAAGUCUAAAUGCGACGCUAUUUAUGAAUAGAUGAUUUCUAAGUGUUUUAAAUUCAGAUUGAGAAUAUUAUAUAUUUUAAUUAAUUAUUUAUAAUAUAUACACAUAUAUAUUAUAAUGAUAUAUAUAAAAAAAUAACAUAGUGUAAAAUAAUUUUCGGUAAAAUAGAAGUGUAUGUCAUUCGAUUCAGCUACUAUAAAUAAUUAAAUUCAAUUUUGAAGUUUUCACUAGACACUAUAUUUCGACCAAGCAAAUAUCAAUCGACGGAAUUUAAAUAUCGCAUAUUAUGAUAUUUCUAACUACUGUAAGCUAAAGUAAGAUGACGGAGUUUGACCGCAUUUACAUCCUCAAUAGAUGUUUUUUUUCCAGUGUUCGACAUUUUUUAUCAAUGGACGGCUUUUGCUAUAUUGAAGCAAUACUGUAAGCGUUCACAGAUAUAACGUAAGCUACGUAAUAAUUGUAUUAGAGUUAAUUUCCAUUAUUAAAGUGUCUUCUUUGGUCGCGCCGGUGUCGCCGUUUGAUAUCGCAUUUAAAUUAGUCGAAAUUAACUUCUUAUAGUGCUAUUGUAAGAACGGUAGGUUUUAGCCUUAUAGUACGGUACUUGAGUACCGCAAUCGGCGACACCGAAGCGAUUCGUUAAGUACCUAAUCCAAGUUGUAAGUAUGCUUCAUCGCCUCGUAAGUGCUUCUACAAAUAAUGUGUCUUUAUAAAUUAUAAUUAAUUAAUUUUUAAAUUAUUUUACUGCCAAUACUUCUCACAAAGUGUUAAAUUUUUUCUAAGCGACUAUAAAUUCACGUGUUUCUAUUAAUUAUUUAGUACCUACACACGUUUUUUUUAUUUCUGUUACUAUGUUGUAUAGACGGAGUGUGCACGAUGUGGCGCCACUUGACUGUGCUGAAUCCGACAACGGCUUGUACUGCCACCUUGUUUCACAUUAUUGCAUGUAAAACCUAUAUUUAAAUAUUUUAUUUUAAAAUUUUACUUUUUUUGAUGAAAAUAUAAUAAUGAUGUUUUCAAAUAAUA